AUGUCCCAAAGAGUGCUCAGGUCGCAGAAGAGAAGCAAGCCACCAUCCUCGUCGCGUCUUCUGAGCAACCUCCGACUUGAUUCACCUCCACCUGCAAAGAAGCAAAGGACAAAGCCAUUGUCGUCUUUGGCCAGACCUCCCGUCUUCGCAUCGACUGGCAGUCAGCCCGAACGACCGCCACAGAGUGAGAAAAAUCCCAAAGGGAAGGGGAAGGCAGCGGAGGUUGUGGUUGCUUCAGUUAGAGGUCCUGAUUCAGACGACCGGUUGUGGGUGGACCGGUAUGAGCCCGCCACAAAAGAAGAUUUAGCUGUACAUCAGCGGAAGGUACAAGAUGUCCGUCAAUGGCUGCUGGAAGCAUUCGACGGCGGCCCAUCAGGCAAGCUGAAGAAGUACAGGAGGAUCCUGGCUCUCACAGGGCCCGCGGGAACAGCAAAGACCACUACUCUCCAUGUUCUAGCACGAGAGCUGAAUUUCGAGAUCCUAGAGUGGCGCAACAGCGCGGACGAGCGCUUCGCUCGCGAUGCUCGGCUCAGUCCUGGUGACAACGCAAUGGGUCAGAUGGAAUAUGAAGGCCUUUCUGAGAAGUUUCGAGCCUUUCUAGCCCGUGCAUCGAAUUGCCGCACCGUCUUCUCAAAUUCCGGUGCCCAAGGUCCCUCCUUGCAGUCACCGUCCAGCCUAAGUCAGCGUUCAACGAGCUCAUCCGCUGAGGGCUUUCCCGCUAGCCAUGACACGGAUUUCUCCGCGCGAUCCAAACGGAAGGUUAUUCUGCUCGAGGACCUCCCAAAUAUCUUGCAUCCGGGCACGCAGGACGCUUUUCACACGGCACUUGAGGCAUUCAUCUCUCACGCGCCGCCGGAUUACGUUGCGCCUCUGGUGAUAAUCGUGAGUGACGCAGGGCUUCGGGGCGAGGAUGUCGACAACGAUGCGGGGCCGUGGCGGCGAGCGAAGGAGACGAUCGACAUUCGGCUUGUCCUUCCGCACAAUUUGCUCAACUCGCCUUUCACUACCCACGUCCGAUUCAACCCGGUUGCGCCGACCCUGCUGCGCCCAGCCCUUCAACGCCUCCUGGAUAAACACUUUUCUUCCGUGCGAGGCUUUCCACCCUCCAAGGAGGUGCUAGGCCUCAUCGUCAGUUCCUCGAACGGCGACAUCCGCAGUGCCGUGAUGGCACUGCAGUUCGCGUGUGUCGCAGGAACGUCGGCGGCGUCAGCAGUCACGAAGGGCAGCAGAAAGCGCGGCGGUGGCCCGAACGCGCGCGUGGUGAUGGAGGCGGUGACACGCCGAGAACAGAGCCUUGCUUUAUUCCACCUGCUGGGAAAGGUGUUGUGGAACAAGCGAAAGGGCGACCCGCCAGCACCGUCUGCGUCUGCGAAGGACAAACUACGUGAUCAGGAGCUCGAUGCUAGGCUGAGAGACCCGCCACCGUUGCCUUCGCAUCUGAAGCAGCACGAGCGGCGGCCCAGCCGUAUGGAUGUUGAGAUGCUCUAUGGCGAUUCUCCUAUCGACGCAUCUCUGCUGUCCCUGUACAUUCACCAGAAUUACACACAAUACUGUAAUGAUCUGGAUGAAUGCGACAUGGAAGCAGACUGGCUGAGUUGGAUUGACUCUAGCGGCGGCGGAGAGUGGCAUCAAGCGAACCCUCACCGCUUCCAUUUGCUCGCACUCAGCACAAUGCACUCGCUGCCUUCGCCUGUGACGCGACGAAGCCAGAAGCCGUACAAGCCCUUAUUUUUUGAUGCGCUUCAGCACGAACGAGAAGCGGAGGAUGGCGUGCGAGAUGUCCAAGCAUGGUUGCAGCUGAACGAGGAGUGGCAAGCUGAGGGCUGGAGCAGACGGAAUGUGGCUUUGGAACUCGGGGCAAUUCUGAAGGUGCGAGACACCGCAGGUGUUAGCUUGUCUACCGCUCCUGCCACCCACAAGUUGUUUUCCAGACUGGAGUUUCACGAGGGCUCCGGAGGUCUGGAACAGCUGACGGAGGACGGGGAAGUCCCGCAAGGCAUGGUGCUAGACGAGAGCGGCGGAGCCAGUGCGAGUGGUGGUAAGAGGCGUGCGGAAGCUGGCAGAGAUGAAGACAAUUCCGGUGGUGGCGGGUGGUUGGAGAGCGAUGACAUUGAGUAUUUCUGA